UCAUAAAUCCAAAAAAAUCAAAAUCUACCUCGGAAAUCAUAUUACAUCCGACAACUUAUUUCAAUCUUUUUUGAGAGUCAGAUUUGAUUCCUUCGUACCCUCCUGAUCGAUCAAUUGAUAUUCCGAAGAAAAGACGUACGGUAGACAAAUCUAUUCCCCUCUCGAGCUCCUGUUCAAACGUCUAGAUAAGAUCGGAUAUUUUGCAACACCAUUCAUCGCUUCUUUAAUGCUUCUGGGGUCACUUGCAACAACAUCCGUCUCAACUCAAUCAGCAAAGUUUUACUAUACAAGCUCAAUUGAUAUCUUCUCAUCCUUCGUACCAUACGAAACCAUAGCCUGCUUCUCAUUAUCAAAAUAUCGGAUCGAUCUGAUACCGUCUUAUACCUUCCGAAACGCACUGUUACAUCCCAACUACUCCUACUUGAUUAAAUAGCUCGGAUGGCAUUUUUCGACAUACAGUGAUUUUCAUACCUAUCAACGGGAUCUCUCCUUGAAUUUCAUAUGGAAUAGGAAAUCGAAAAGGAAAAUCAGGUAUUAUUGUACAAAUUUGCUGGGAUCUUUCAAGGAAAAUCUGUCAUCCGAAUUCUUAGAUUUGCGCCCGCAACAAACGGCUGUACGAGCGUUGGUUUCGAACCUAAUAAGACUUUCUCACAACAUACCUAGUACCUAUCCUGUCAUUGAAAGGAUCAAGUGACUAGUGUGGUAGACCCAACGAGUAACCUUUAUUACUCCAGGCUUGCCCACAAACCCUAGCUUUUGUCUUCUCCUUCCUCGGCGUCGUAGAAGAACAAGACUUCCCUCUCCAAACAUUCUACCCAAGCUUUCCAAGCUUUUGGCUGCUGGCUCAGAUCAUUCUUUUCUUGUUAUGAACAUUCUUUUUUUACACAUUCUUUUUGGAAAAUACCUUAUUUAAUAUUUCUACCUGGGAUCAGAAAGUUUGGUUCCUCUUGUCAAUCACAAAAAGAACAACGGGUUCACUCAACUUUCUUCAUCGAUCUUGUCGCUGGACGACCUUUAAUUCUUGGGAUAUUUGGAUAUAGAGAAGAUGGGGGCUGUACAGUUUUUGAAAGAGCAGACUCGGGGAACUAAGUUGCUAUUUAAUUUCCUCUUCCAUGGCUUUCACGUUGGCCUGUUUGCUUUUGGAUGGUGGAAGCAAGCUAGUGACCCCAGACUAGCAGGUUUGAAUUCUCUUACAUUCUCAGUAUGGAUAUCGAGAGGUGCCGGUCUGGUGUUGUCUGUAGAUGUUGCAAUGAUCUUGCUGCCCAUGUGCCGCAAUAUCUUGAGAUAUAUUAGACCAAAGGUCAAAUUCUUACCACUUGAUGAGUCUCAAUGGUUUCACCGACAAGUAGCAUACUCGUUAUUAUUCUGGACCAUAUUUCAUGUAGCUGCUCACUAUGUGAACUUCUUCAACGUCGAAAAGACUCAAAUCAGACCUGUGACCGCAAUUCAAAUUCACUAUACCGAAGCUGGUGGUAUUACAGGUCAUAUUAUGUUACUAUGCAUGAUGUUGAUGUAUACGACUGCGCAUGCUAAGAUUAGACAACAAUCUUUCGAAACAUUUUGGUACACGCAUCAUUUAUUUAUUCCAUUCUUGCUUGGAAUGUAUACACACGCUACGGGAUGUUUCGUCCGUGAUACCGCUGACCCGUUUUCUCCAUUUGAUGGCGAGAACUUCUGGGGACAUUGCUUAGGGUAUGAAGGAUGGCGUUGGGAGCUUUGGGGUGGUGGACUUUACUUCCUUGAACGCGUGUAUCGAGAAAUCAGAAGCAGAAGAGAAACUCAAAUUGUUAGAGUUGUUCGUCAUCCAUAUGAUGCCAUGGAAAUUCAAUUCCGAAAGCCAUCAAUGAAGUACAAGGCAGGCCAAUGGCUUUUCCUCAACGUCCCAUCUGUUUCUCGUGAACAAUGGCAUCCUUUUACCAUCACAUCAUGUCCGUUCGACCCUUACAUCUCUAUUCACAUCCGUCAAGUCGGUGACUUCACUCGAACCCUCGGAGACGCCCUCGGAGCGGGUGCUGCACAAGCGAAACUUUACGAUGGUGUCGAUCCCAAUGGUAUGUACGAAGUAGCUCUCGAGAACGGCCAAAAAAUGCCCGAUAUCCGCAUAGAUGGUCCCUACGGUGCUCCUGCCGAGGAUGUCUUUGAAAACGAAGUCGCAGUCCUCAUCGGCACAGGUAUCGGUGUAACACCAUGGGCAUCCAUCCUCAAAAACAUUUGGCAUCUUCGUCACGGAACAAAUCCUCCAGAACGUCUUCGUCGAGUAGAGUUCAUCUGGGUUUGUAAAGAUACCACAUCCUUCGAAUGGUUCCAAGUCCUUCUCUCAUCUUUGGAAGCACAAUCUCAAGAAGCCGCAUCACAACCCGGUAAUGAUGGACAAGAAUUUUUACGUAUCCAUACUUAUUUGACCCAAAAGUUGGAUAUCGAUACGGCGCAAAACAUCGUAUUGAAUAGUGUUGGUGCAGAUGUCGAUCCAUUGACUGAAUUGAAAUCGAGGACGAAUUUCGGAAGACCGGAUUUUACAAAAUUAUUCGAGGGAAUGAGGGAUGGAAUCAUGGAUAAAACAUAUAUGUCUGGUUUGGAGGGAGACUUUAAAACUAAUAUUGGGGUUUACUUUUGUGGACCAAACGUAGCAGCCCGCUCCAUCAAAAAAGCAUGUAAGAAUGCCACGACUCGCGAUGUCAAUUUUUCGUUCUGGAAAGAACAUUUCUAGAUUGUCGAUUGGGAUUGUUAAGAGGACGGGUGGAUGUUAGUCGUAGAGAUGUUAAAAUUCUCACGAAUUACUCUGGGAUAUUAUGAAUGGGAAUGGAAAUUGGGAGCAGGCGCGGAUUUUUGGAUACGAUAUGAUUCAUUUGUUACUACUUAUUGAUAUGAUGGAUGACUAAAGGGAUGGGUGUAGAUAGCGAACGUUUGAAUGAAUAAUUGAGAAUAGUACUAUCUAUGACAGACAAUUUUCAGAUGCUCUUGUAGCGUAUAAUGUAAUGGUGAUGAGAUGUGAG